AUGUAUAACUUCAACUUAGCUCUUCUUGCAAAACAAUUGUGGCGCUUGCUCAGGUACCCAUCCUCUCUUCUGGCAAAGGUGCUAAAGGGUCGUUACUUCAAAUAUAAGAAUCCAUUAGAGACUGGUAAGGCUAACGCCCCCUCCUUUGGAUGGAGGAGCAUUAUGGCAGCGAAAGAUUUAUUACAACAAGGGCUGAGAAAGUCGAUCAAGUCUGGUUUUGAUACCAAAGUAUGGGCAGACCCAUGGAUUCCUACUAUUCGGGCACGUCCGGCGUUGGAUAAUGGAAACGGACGGUAUCCUAAUCUCUACGUAAACCAUCAUAUCGACUUUAACACUAAGCAAUGA